ACCCAAGAUCAUAUGGUGGAAAGAUGGCAAAAUGAUCGACGAUAUCAAAUAUGAGUAUUCUCUUCCAAGACAACAUUUCAACAGGCUUUUGUUCAUCGACAAAGUUACCAAUAAACAUCAGGGAAAUUAUACUUGUACGGCAGUUUCAGCGUCUGGGAAGAAACGUGUGUCAGCCUCUACCUACCUCACAGUGAAAGCCUCACCCGAAUGGAAAGUAAGAUCUGAUCGGAAAAUCGAAGUACAGAGAUCGAAAAACUUAUCCUUGAUGUUGAUCGCAGACGGUUUUCCAAGUCCAAGCUACCAGUGGCUCAGAAAUGGAAAAGAAAUCGACGCUUCAGGCAGCUCUCGGGUGAAAAUAGAGAAGAACAAAUUACAUCUGAUUCAUGUGGACAGCUGGCACGAUGCCGUGUUUCAGUGUGUUGCAGAAAAUGAUCAAGGAAUGAUUGUGUCCUCUGUUUGGGUUGAUGUUGAGGACUCGCCAACCAGCCUUGCCCCAAGUUCAAGAAGUGGAUUCUUCUCAGAUAAUGCAUUGUGGAUCAUUAUAACUGCUGUCCUGGGAGUGCUUUUCAUUGUGGCAGUUAUUAUCAUCAUAGUUUUUUAUAAACGAAGAAAAGCCAGAGAACAUGGAGAGACAUCGGAUGCCACGGAGGAAACUCCACGAUACCUGGAUGUAUGCCAAAGUAACUCAUCCGCACCUCGGACCAAUGCGACCGAAGUUACAGGCGGAAAGAAACCAAGGAGACGUGCUACUCUCCCUCCGCUCCCCCUGUAUCAAGCCCUUGACCCAACAACUACAGCAAUGCCAAGUUAUGAACCAAUAGACAGUGAACAGGACCUCAAUGAUAGCGGGUUGUAUGAGAAGUUAGAUUUUAGAUCCAUGAAAAGUGGCCAUGAAUAUGUUAAUCCUGAGCGACCUAUUCCUGAAUAUCUCGAGCUUGUAAAUGACACCCAGGUGCCACCUGGAAAUACCGCGUCUAAUGCGCAAACGAAGGGGCCUGGAAAAUACUGUUAUAUACCAAUGGAAAAUGGCGACUCCAAUAAUGUUUUAAAUAAUUCUUCGCCACAAGACUACGUCUCGAUCGAAAACGGAAUGCACAGCAAAGCCUUAAAUAACUCGACGCCACAGGAUUAUGUUCCAAUGGAUGCAUCGAAUAUGAGAAAUAAUCCUUCUUUGCCUAUGGCGGGAAGAUCUGAUGGAUCAGCUGUUGAAACUAGAGAUCGAACUUCCUCAGCAGACUAUUACCAGCCUAUGGCGAACAAUGGUGACUCAUGUGAGCAAGGAAGCCCACAGACCUCUUCCCUUGGGGAUUAUUAUUCACCGAUGGCAGGAAGUACUCUCAGUGGACCAGCGAGCAACGCAAAUGCUCAUAAUGAAGUUAUGUCCAGCAAACUGUAAGGAUUUGUGUUGUAGUGGAAUUCAAACCAUCCGACAAAUGUUUUCAAAAUUUUUCGUUAAUUUAACUUUGUCAUUCAACCUGUUUCAAAAGAACCCGUUUCUGAAAGAUUCCUUUUAAUUGCUUGUAAGAUUCUACCUUUCGACGUUUUAAUCGUUAGUGGCGUCACUACUAAGAAACAGAAUUGACAAGUUCGCAAUUCUUUUUAAGCAUCGAAUAAUGAAAUUUCAGUUUGAAAGUUAUUUUAACGCCCAAUGAAGAAUUAUGUCAAAGUGUAAUACGAAAUUUUAACACAAAAUUUAGGCGUGUACCUAAUGCUUUUGACGUGGAAUCUCUUCUCAUUAAGAACGCAAUUAUAUCCCUCUGGGAAUCAUGCCAUAGCGCAUAGAUAUCAAAAGUUACACAUUUCAGACUGCAACGUACAUUUCGCAUCUAAAAACUAUGCAAUCUUCACAGUGAAGUAUGCCUUUUUAUGUGAACAACGGAUAGAAUGGAAGGCUUAUGCAAGCACUAACGGUCACUAGCAAAAAUCAUACGCAGAGCAAAAACAUAUCUUGAGUCAACAACAUCAAUGAAUGAUAUACUCAGUACUCAUAAACAUCUUAUUAUUAAGCAGUUAUUACGUAUAUUAACAUACGUUUUCUAAGUUUUAUCAUGUUUACUUACAAUGCGUUAUGAGCUUGUUUAUUAUGCCGCUGUAACUGUUGUGAGACCUUCGCUCAAAAGAAUACAGCUAGGUAAUAGCCCAUGCAAUGAUAAUCAUAAAUGAAAAAUUAAAACCACGAUGGUCAACGACAAUAACUAUUGCUUUGCUUAGAUAUAUCUUGGCGCUGAAAAUUCGUCACGGCAUUGAAAGGGAAGUAGACUAAGCAGUGCCUUCUUUUGGGCGAAGUCCUUCGUGCGAGUCAGGAGAGACGGCUCGUAGCCUAAAACAAAAGUAGUUCAGACGUCGGCAUUCGGAACAAAUGAAAUGGUCUUAGCCUAACAGUCUUCGUUGAAUCUCGUCCAUUAUUUGAGCCAGUUCUUCUGGGUCAGGUAGCUCGUGUAUCGCCCUCUUUCCUAAAUGCCUGUUACUG